CAUCGGACCAUGGCGGCUGCCACGAGCAGCAACGCAUCCACGGCCACGCUCCAGAUCAAGCACUCCGGCAUCGAGCAGACGCGGAAACGCAUCGACCCGCGGCGGAGGCAAGCGGCGCUGUCCUUCCUCAGCAACAUCUCCCUGGACGGCAGACCCGUGCAGGACGAUGCGGACACCCAGGCGGAGGAGGACGGCGAGGCAAGGACUAGACCGAGCCUGGUUUCGCCGGAGCGCGCGGCGCACGGAGCGGCUGCCGCCAACGCGUCCAUCCCCAGCGGCGGCGGCGCGGCGGCUGCGGCCGCGGCGGCUGCAGCGGCGGCGGCCGCCAGCACGGCCGCGCAGGCGCUCGCGUUCGCGAACCAGGCUCUCCUCGCAAACAACCGGAGCAGCGUGGGGCCGGGGCUCACGCCCGGUCCUCCAGCAGCCGGAUCGGACGCGGACGGCGACGCGUUCGCCCCCGCCGCGUUCAGCUCCCCUUUCUCCGCGGUGCCAACCUCCGCCAGAGGCCGGCUGCAGACCUACACUCAGGGAAUCCUCCCGGCCACCUUCUCCCGGCAGUUCUCCCAGAACUACUGCCUGGACGGGGCGCAGGGCGAGCAGCAGCGGUCCAGACGAAGGCUCAUCUCUCAACGCUCUUCACUCGAAACUCUUGAGGACAUUGAGGAAAACGCUCCUCUACGCAGAUGCCGAACCCUAUCAGGUUCACCCCGACCAAAGAGCUUCAAGAAGGUCCACUUCAUAAAGAACAUGAGGCAACACGAUAUGCGCAACGGAAGGAUAGUCCUUAUCAGUGGCAGAAGAUCCUUCUAUAGUGUAUUUUCUGUCCUGCCCUAUCGAGAUUGUAGCCAAACAGGGGAUGUAAAGAUCGAUGGAGGGCGUCAGCGCCACCCGUCAGGAGGCGUCAGCGCCAAGGAGAUGGUGAUCGGCCUGGAGGGGGUGGAGCUGGGAGCCGACGGAAAGACCGUGUCCUACACCCAGUUCCUGUAUCCCACCAACGUCCUCGGAGGCCGGAGGAACACCAUCGACUCCACCUCGUCCUUCUCUCAGUCUCGUAACGCGAGUCACCGCAGCCUCAGCCUGGGCCGGGCCAACAGCAACCAGAGCAGCUUAGACACGGGGAACGACCUGGUGGACUUUCGAGAGUACGACCCCAACCUGCUGGACGACCCGCAGUGGCCCUGUGGAAAACACAAGCGAGUCCUCAUCUUCCCUUCAUACAUGACCACGGUCAUCGAAUACGUCAAACCUUCCGACCUGAAGAAAGACAUGAACGAGACCUUCAAGGAGAAAUUCCCCCACAUCCGGCUCACUCUCAGCAAGAUCCGGAGCCUGAAGCGGGAGAUCAGGAAGCUGGCCCAGGAGUGCGGCUACGAGGAGCCGACCGUGGCCAUGGCCUUCGUCUACUUCGAGAAACUGGUUCUUCAGGGCAAACUGAACAAGCAGAAUCGAAAGCUGUGCGCCGGAGCCUGCGUCCUGCUGGCGGCCAAGAUCGGAGGAGACCUGAAGAAGCACGAGGUCAAGCUGCUGAUAGACAAACUGGAGGAGCGUUUCCGGGUGAACCGCAGAGAGCUGAUCGCCUUCGAGUUCCCCGUCCUGGUGGCGCUGGAGUUCAACCUGCACCUGCCCGAGCACGAGAUCAUGCCCCACUACAGACGCCUGCUGCAGGCCUCCUAGCGCCGGCGACCCGUCGGGAGGGCGGCCGCCGGCUUCCCUCCUGAUCGCCUGGCGCUCGCCGCCGGACAGACGGACUUCCUCCACUCUCAUCCUCACAUGUUCAGAACUGUGGGUCGGUUCUCCAGUUUGCGUGUCUCACAUCUCCCCGGCUUCAUCUCUGUGUUUUUUAAUCCUCUCUUGUUGAUUAAGAGAGUUUUUUUCCUCCAUUUGAAUCAGAUGCCGAACAUUUGAACAACCAGUGAUUGUACUGUUCUUUUUUUUAAUUUCGUCUUUUUCAUUAAUCUCUUCCUUGUAAACUUGGAUAUGAUUGGUUGCCAGCGUACGAUUUCAACAGGCCUCUGGCGGCAGGGUUUUGGCUGGACUGUUAUUCCUUGGUGUGACUCAUCGUCUUUAAAAAGUGCACUUUUCAAGGGAACUUUUUUUUUUUUUCUACAUUUCACAAGCUUGGGAUCGAACCCUGGAAGCGAUAAGCUGCGUUCAUAAGCUCCACACACAUUUGAAUGGACUUUUUCUAGCUUUAUUUCUCUCUCUCUCUCGUGGUUUGUUCACUUUUCUAGCCGCGGUCUUUACCUGCAUGAGGAUGGUUUGUACACAGGUACUUGCAGAAGAUGACGUGACUUCUUUGUAUUUCCACUGAAAUAUUCCAUUCGUUUUUCUACCGGCUCGAGUCGCUUGCUACAAACUUCUGGAAACCCACUUUUAUCAGUGUUGAAUUUCCUGUGCUCUAUGUUAGAGUAAAUUUCUGGCACGUUUACCGUGCUUCAUUGGGGUGGGGACGGUCGCUCGAGUGCUGACGGGGGCGGCAGCCGGUACAUUUAACGACUUAGCUUGUCAUCGACAACCUAACAAACACAAAACUAUGGUCAGGAGUUAAGUUAAAGAGGUUUUUAUGCUCAGCUUAGUGUGAUUUGGGGACUUCGGGGACAUGAGACUUUCUGUCUUGUAAUACCAGUUUAUGCCACAAGGUGGUGUAGCGAGAGUCGAACUGUCCAACAUUACAGAACAUCAUUUCAGCACCUGUUUUUUUUUUUUUUGCACAAACAACCUUUAGUUCGAUUAAAUUUCAUGGGAAAAAAAAUGUCUUUCAUGUGCUAACUGUUGGAGUUAGGGGGUUACUUUUAAAUCAUUCUCGGAUAUGUCAAAAGUAAUCUAAAAUACUGCCUGAAGUAUUAGUUUCUGUCUCACGUCAGUCUCAAUAAUUGAGUUUAUUCAAACUAGAAUUUAAAGGGUUAGAUUUCAGUGAUGUGCUUUACCUUAUAGAAAGUUUCAAACACCAAACCGUUUAGUGUUAUCUUUAGUCGAUUUGAUUUUGGUUUUUUUUUAUUCUGACUGCGACAAGAAUGCAGCCAAUAUAUUUUUAAUGAAACGAUAACUAAAAAGUUUUUAAUAACAAUUGAAAUAUGAAACAAGAAAAAUGGUUUUUCCAUCACCAAAGCCACUCACAGCACCACCUUGUGUUUGAUGGUGGAAAUACGAGAAGGAUUCAGCUUGUUAGUGUCUAAUAAGGAUUUAGCUUUAACAUGGUAGCAGCUUUGUUUUUGUUUUUUUGUUGUUGUUUUUUUUUUGCAUUUUGGAGACAAAGCAAUCUGUAAAUUACUAUAAUAAAAUUCAAAAGUUAAAUUGGGGUAAAAAUGAAGAACAGGGAAGGUAGUUUAGACUCCAUCUUGUGGUACAAAGUGGAAUUACAAGACAAAUCUUACUGAUUUGAAAACAUCAAACACACAUCCUCACCACAGUUUCCUCACAUCAGUUCAUUUCACCGACGUCUUAAAGAGAAAUGUUACAGUUCAGUUUUUUAAAAGCUGAGCCUGUAGCUGCAGUCCUCAGGUCGAGACCUGAUCCCGGAGGGUCCAGAUCUCAACCAGAUCCCAGCAGGGAUCAGCCCUGGAUCAAACACCUGCAGCGAACUUGAAUUUUAACUUCUUCAUGUUGAGAAAAAUGACAUGUAUCCCAACGUUACUUUUGUUUUCCUUCCACAUUAAAAUGAUCGCACAUGCUGCCCUGAAGUGUUUGGAGGGGACUCGAUCAAACCGACGGUGUUCGAGCUGAUGAUCACAAAACGAGCAUUAAUGUAUUGAAGGUGAAGGAAACGCUGAGCUUCUUUCUGUUAGCAAGCCCAAAGAUGUUUUUGCUGUUAGAUGCACACUGAGGAGAGACUCACGGCGACACUGAGGACCUGUGUAUGAUUGUAAAUAAAUCGCUUUGCUUGUUCAA